ACUUUAAAAAUCGUUUGUGUAUCCACUUUUUGUGUUUAGAUUUUAUUAAAGAUAAAAAUUUGAUGAAUUAUUUGUCUCUUUUCAGUCGUUUCUCUUUAUUACAAUUUUUUGAAAUCGGUUUAAUUUAUGUAAAAUUGUUUUUAUAAAUUAUAUAUUAUAUAAAUUAAUUAAAUUUCAAUUUAUUUGACUGCGAAUGCUAUGUACGCCUUAAUUGUGAUAAUAUAUGUAAGACAUAUUUUUUAUUUAUAUUAAGUUAUGAAUAAUAUGUUAUGUAGCAAUGCUUAAUAAAAAAUAAAUCAACCAUUUUUAUUAGCAGAUAAUGAAAAAUAUAUUAUUCAUUACAGUUCGGCUGCUGUGGAGUAAAAAAUGCUGCCGAUUGGCUACCAAUACUGAAUACAACUGAUGGGCUACCGAUAAGUUGCUGUUCGAUGGAUUUCGGCACCAUAAACACUUUCCAUUGCAAUACAAAUUCAUCAACAGUGUUCGGAAAAGGUUGUUCUACGGCGUUCGGCAGUUUUGUUCAAUCGCACAUGGGUUCAAUAGGAUUGGCUGGAGUAUUUCUCAUCAUUCUACAGGCUUUCGCGGUAGGUGGCGCAAUAUGGCUAGCGAAGAUGACGCGAGAUGAGCAAGGGGCAUAUCCUUAGAAAUGUAACAAUAGUAGUGCUUGUCCAGUUCCACAUUUUGUUCUUAGCUUAAUAAUAAUCUUAAAAUAAUUGUAAUAUAAUUUAAUAAAUAUUAUUGAUAACUU